GCAUGUAUCCCCCAGCCAGGUCUCCAGCAGGCGUCCACGCAGGCUUCCGACCCUGCCCGACGGCUGCCAAACGUACGCGUGGGAGCCUCCGUAGAGAUUUUCUGGCUCAGGCCCAGGAGCCCACGGUUGGUCUGACUCCCGAUACCGAUCGUUCUGCGUAGGCCCCUUGUGCAGCUACGAUGACCACAGGCGUGAUGCUGCUGGCCCUGGUCAGCUUGGUCUGCGUCGGUCCAGCCGCCAGCGAGGGUGAGAGUCUCAUCACAGAGCUUGCGGACGAGGUGCUGUCCAACAGGCAGACGCUCCUGAGCAUCCCUUGGGAAAUCUACAGGGACACGCCAUCGUUCAGGGAUGUUGGCUACGUGGGCGAGUUUCCAAUUAAGGAUUCUGCUGCUACUGAGAUCCACCUGAGCUCAUUGCAGACUUCACGAGAAACACAAGGAUUCCCACCAAACGUUCUGAUUGGCAGAGCCUUGGUCAAAGACUCCCUCAAUGUUACACAGCCUCCGUCGAAUUUCCGCUACACGGGAAAAGGAGGUGAGGAGAUCAAGCAUUUGAAUGGUUUGACGAACCCUGUGGGCGAUCUGACUGUGUGGCAGUGGCAGAGGAUGAGGUGGUCUGCUGCGAAGGAGUGGCUGGAAUAUUGGGCUGACCGCGGGAUUGGGAGUGCUACGCGGUUGGCCAUCAUCCAUUCCAACGGUGAUGUCCUGUACGGCGGCUGUGACGAGAACACAAUCGUCUACAAGUACAACAGGAUCGUCAGCGCAAGUGGCGGCUCGCAGAAGAUCGUGAUGGCGGCGGAGCUGAGUCCUUGGCCAGCCGACCUCGGGUGGAGCUAUAACAUGAGUAGCUCUAGCUGGGUUGAGGGAAGGAGGGCCGACGUGCUUUCGGACGUGAGCGUGCCCGCUGACUGGGAGUCGACGUACGCUGACUGCACCGACCCCAGCCUAGGCCCGUGCAGUUCCUCACCAAAGUACAUGUACGCCAAUUCCGGCUUCAUUAUGGGUACUAUUGACGCUCUCAUCGACAUGAUUGCAGAACUUGGGACAACCUACACUGGUUGGGACAAUCGAUGGUUCAACGAGUAUUACUUGAAGAACCCUGCCACUGUGACUCUUGACUACGCUGGCGACCUGUCAAUUUCUCUCCAUAACAUGAAGCUCGGCAACCUCCCGCUGGAAGUCAACAGCACCAGCACGGGCAAGAGUAUCCAGAGCAAGCUGACAAACGGUAGCAUUUGUUUCGUACAUGGCAACGGCAACAGCUUCACAACUCUUCAGGGUGUCGCAAGGGAGCUCAAGGCUUAGACUUAAACAGCUGUGGGCAGUGCGGGUCGAUAGUGCGCUUCCCAUGGAUGCUUGCGCGUCGGUUGCUUAGGGUCUUCUCACAGGGCGCAGUGCUUUGCUGCCCCCAUUCCCGCUGCCGUGCGCCUAAAGCGCACACGACUGCCCAUGUUUAGAGCUCAUUCCGCUAAAUGGUUCCAGUGUCAUGGGAUCGGAAAUGCCUGCCAAUCGAGCGCGGUGCAACUCUAGCAGCCAGUGCAGCACUGCCGUACCAUCGAAGCCACGAGCGCUGCUCGUUCUGCAGACCGCCGUCUUCCAGUCUUACGUUUUGCAGUCCCGCUGCUUCUGCGAGUGCUGGUGGAGCUGUCUUGGGCCCACAGGCCAGCAACGGAGAGCCCAUGCGGGUGAGCGCGACGCGCGCUCCGACACCGGAAAGCACGCGGGGGCGCGGGAGGA